CUAUCACGAAGCGACGUCCAAAAUCAACACCCACAGCGACACAACACCACAGCGCGCGUUAGAUGGGUUGCCUCAACUCUUUCCCACAGACAUGAGCUCCUGGAUGAACGAUGCCUCCAUCCAAAGCCAUAAUGGCCCAGGCUUCAACCAUCUCGACCCUAACGCCGGCGGAGGCAUGCUCGAUGCAUCUGCCUUUAUGGGCAACUCGAACUCCUUCGAUCCCUCCCAGUUCCAGAAUCAACAGCUUCAGCAGCGGAUGCAGAACGGCGCCAUGCGCAACGGCUCCCCGGCGUUUAACAACCCGGUGUACCAAACCAACUCAGUGAUACCAUCCAAGAGACCAAGACCUAGAGAAGACAGCUUGGGUACAUCACCGCGUCAAGCCGCUGGCAUGCUGCCAAAUUCGCGUUCUCAGACUCCGCAACAACCCCCCUACACUGGCUUUCAGCCCAAUAGCAUCCCUCCACAACACGCGCCUCAGCAGAACCCCUACUCGCAUCUACAGAACGGUUCAGCGAACGCGAGUCCGUCUCCGAUCAUGAGCAACCAGCUUCGUCCUGGCGGCGUACCGCAACGAGUCUCGACAGCCUCCCCCCACCCCUUCUCCCCGGUGGCCCAGCAGUUUGCACCCCAGGCCUCGCCCUCCCAAUCGGAUCAUGGAAGCAGGGUUGAUACACCACAGAACAAUCCAUAUGCACAGAAUCCAGGUUUUGCGCAAGGCUUCCAUCAAAACUUCACUCCGCCGCCUGGCCGAGGCUCAGCUCCACCUCCAAAUGCCAUGUCCACUCCCCAGUUGCAACAGGCCCAUAUACAGCAAUCCCAGAUGUAUGCGCAACAAUCCCAACAGCAGCCCCAGCCGGGGCAGCAACGGCAAAAUGAUCAACAUGCGAAAAUGAUGUACCAGAUACGAUAUCAACAACAACUUCAACAGCAAGGUUUAAUGGCCGCCCAGCGUCCAAAUAUGCCACCUAAUGUCAACCCCUUAGCCAAAGCUCAAAUGCAAGGACCUAAUGGCCAGCCCGUAGGAAUGCGACCUCAGCAACCUGCGCAAUCGGGCCAGCCGAAUCAGGAACAGUUCAUGAAAAGCUUAACACUUUUCAUGCAAUCAAAAAAUCUAUCCUUUGACAUGAACCCAAUUGUUGGGGAUAGGUCGAUUACUCUGAUUACUUUAUAUAUGGCGGUGUUGAAAUUCGGCGGCUACAAGAAGGUCACUCAUCAAAACGGCUGGGCUCAGGUUGCGCAAGCGCUUCAAUUCAACCUGAUGCAGCACCCAAGUGCGCCACAACAACUGAAAGCCCAUUAUGAAAGGAACCUGCUUCUGUUCGAAGAGGCUUGGCAACGAAACCAGAUGGCUCAAAGGCAAAAAAUGAUGCAACAACAGGGGCUAGCUGGCAAUAUGGGAGGACCUGGCUCGCAGAUGUCACCCACGAAGCAAAUGAAUCCUCAAGGCCCGAUGCAGCAAUCCCAACAAUAUCUGCAGCAUCAGCAACUCAUGGCUCAGCAUCAGAUGCAGCAGCAGCAUGCACAAUCCACUCCCAUUAAACAGAUGGCACCCAUGCAUCUCUCCCAACCGCCAGCAAUGAAUGGCUUCUCGACUCCGCAACCGUCUCAAGCACAGCCGCAACAUCCAAUGGGUCCCCAAGGCCAUGUGCGAAAUAACCUGUCCAGGAAUAUCGACGGAACUCCACCGCAAAACGGAGCCUUCCCGAUCCCUUCUCCGGUUUCAGCCACCAAAUCCGCCAGUUUAUCCUUACCAUCCCCACAAGUAGAUGUGGCACGACCAGGAGCCAAACCAGCGGACCCCGAGUUCAAGCUUCCGAAAGAGUUAGAUCCAAAGACCCGAGUCCUCGACACCUUCGGUGGCGUCGAACUAGAUUCAUUGCAACGGCUUGGUAAUGCCCUGAUCCAAUUCAGACCCGAUGUCCCUGCAGUAGCAGACAUGGGUGCCAUCGACAUCCAUGCUUUGACCAUGAGUCUCCAAUCUGGGAUCCAUGCUGAAGUACGAAUGGCAUUAGACACGCUUGUCUCGCUGUCAGUGGAGGCUCGGCUCCAAUUAGACUUGAGAGCCUGCGAGGACCUGGUGGAAACACUAGUUGACUGUGCCGAAAUACAAGUCGAACUUCUGGCGGAAAAUGCGGCGGAAGUAUCUGAUGUAAUGCUCGUCAACUCGUAUGAAGAUGUUAUACGCGGCUGCCGACUCGAGGAAUACACUCUGCAAGAUGUUCCUGCGUUUGGGACGCUUGAAUACGACCUCGACCGUGCUGUGGACAGAUUAAUAUGCAUCAGCACCAUCAUGCGGAACUUAUCUUUCUACGAGAGCAACCAUCAAUACCUAGCGGAUGAACUGGUUAUCAAGUUCUUUUGUGUUGUCAUCAGGUACCUGGGAACUCGCAAUAUGCUCCUUCGGACACAUCAAAAUACCCUGGACUUCAUGAAGGAUGUCAUCAUCUUCUUGUCAAAUCUUGCGCAACAGAUUGAAUUGCCUGGUCGCGAACAAGCCCUAUGUCUACUCCACUUCCUCCUAGCCUUCGCACCUUGCCCACCGCCAAAUGGCUCCGACCGUGUCACAUUCUCUCCAUACGACCCCGUGAUUCAUCGGUAUCUCCCCCCUGCUAUUGACAGCCUCGCGAAACUUCUCGCUCGGGAUGAGCCCAAUCGAACGCACUACAAGAGCAUCUUUGCUUCUGAUGUUGCUUCAUCUCCGCCUUUUGAUCUACUCACGAAGACAUUUGCUCUCGCAAUUUCAGCAAUACCAGAUGAGAGGCUAGAUACCAAACGAGGGAGUUUAAUGUCGAUCAUAGAGGCCCGGAAGCCAUUCCUGAUGCAGGGAAUGCUAGCAGCCGAGAUAUUGUCAAACCUAGCGCCUGGUUUCGAAACCGGCGUAGCAAAGUCUUGGUUAAUGUCGGAGGAUGGUUUUGCGCAAAAUCUCUCUCGAUUAAUACUUUUUAUCUGUCUCGAGACUGCACCCGCCGCUCCUCAUCAGAGAGUUCCUGCUGUCGCGAAGGGUGUGGAAGACGAGGCUCUACUCCACAUUACACUCGGCGGGAUCACAGUUUUACGGCGACUCGCUGAGAAAUGCAGGGACCCAGAUGAUCCAAAAUCUGCUAUACCAUUAUCGGGGAUCGUUCCCAAGGAGAGGUUGCUGAGAGCAUUGGAAAUACGGCAACCAAAGUUGCAAAUUGUUUUAAAACAGUUGUGUGCAUAUGCGGGGUUGGACACAUGAGCGUUUUCCUUAUUCAUUGUAUCACAUUCCAUAGACGCAUCAAGGAUUGUUAACAGCGUGUGGAGUAGGCGUUCGAAGUUCUAGCUUCUCUGUCUAGCUUGGCUUUGGUCCUGCAAUUUCUCAUUGGGUGGAAUCUGUUACUUGCUGUACCAUGUUGAUGGGGGUCUGGCUCUUCAGGAUGAGGAAGAGAUUACGCAAUAU